AGUGGCUCCCCGCUUUCACUUGACGACGGCAGCCAGUUGAUGGAGGGAGGGGAGGGGUAAACCCAAGCUCAGGAUUAAAGCAGUGUUCAUUGAGCGUGUGUACGCACUGAGCGGCAGCAGCAACAGGUCUUUCAACAACACAAGUUUCUUGCACAGAUAGUUAAAUGGCUAAAUAUAAGCCAUGGCUGGUGUGCUGCUUCAUCUUGGCUGGUUUACUUUGCGCAGUUGCUCUCGUGUGCAUGUGCAUCGCCACAUUUCAGGACAGUGGAUGUCCCAGAGGCAGCUUCAGGCACGCGGCAGUGUCUGCAGACACGCUGCGUUGCUCCGAGAUCGGCAGGAACAUGCUCCAGCAAGGGGGGUCAGCAGUAGAUGGCGCCAUUGCAGCUCUUCUGUGCACAUCUGUGCUUAAUCCUCAGAGUAUGGGGCUUGGUGGAGGGUCUAUAUUAACUAUAAGAAAUAAAACCGGCAUUGUCAAAGUCUACAACUUCAGAGAGACCGUCCCACAGUCUUUCAAAACUAACCUGUUAAAUGACUGUCCCACCACAUUCAGAAUGGCCACAGGCAGCCAGUGGAUCGGCGUUCCUGGAGAGCUGCGGGGCUACGAGGUAGUUCACAAACAGUAUGGGAAGCUGCCUUGGGCCAAGCUGUUUGAGCCAACAAUUAGACUGGCCAAGGAGGGCAUCCCUAUGCCACCAUUUCUGGGGAAAUUACUGAGUUCCAGCAUUGUGAAAGUACACGUGGAGAACUCCUCUCUCUGUGAAGUUUUCUGUAACAAGAACAAAACGGUUCUAGGCAAAGAAGACAUCCUGAAAUUUCCUAAACUUGCAGAAACCAUGGAAAUAAUAGCAAAACAAGGGGCGGAUGUCUUCUACACUGGCAAGAUAGGACAUGACUUAAUCCAAGAUAUAAAAGCUACAGGUGGGACUUUGCAAAUGGAGGAUCUGAAGUCCUUUCAGGUGCGAGUGGAAGAUGCUUGGAAAGUUCCUCUGGGAAAUAUUCAGAUGCAUAUCCCUCCACCCCCUGCUGGGGGCGCUCUGCUUGCCUUCAUUCUCAGACUAAUGAAAGGGUUCCCCUUGACUCCAGACUCCCUGAAGGGUAACCAGAAGAUUCAGACGUACCAUCGCUUUAUAGAGGCAGCAAAAUUUGCUAAUGGACAAAAGAGGAGCAUUAGUGAUCCUCUGUUUAAUAACAGAAAGAGUGCAGAUCAUUUGAUUGAUCCUGCCUUCAUUAAUCGUGUCAGGGACAUGAUUUUUUCAAACGGCACCCAUGACAACUCCUACUACGAUAUUGUCAAGCCUUCCUUGGAUCACAUUGGGACAACACAUGUGUCAGUCCUAGAUCAAGAUGGACUGGCUGUCUCUGCCACCAGCACCAUAAACCAACUAUUUGGAGGAGCCAUUUACUCUCCACGAACAGGCAUCAUCCUCAACAAUGAGCUAUCUGACUUCUGUGGGAGAGCAGACACACUGAGGGCAGGUGAACAGCCUCCUUCCUCAAUGACUCCGGUAAUACUGGAGUCAGAGUCUGGAGGACUCCUUGUCAUUGGUGGAUCAGGAGGAAGCAUGAUUACCUCAGCAGUGGCCAUGUCUAUAAUGAAUCGCCUGUGGCUGGGGAUGAAUCUGAGAGAGGCCAUUACUGUGCCAAUAGUGUUCGUUGAUUCCAAGAACAAUGUGAAUUUUGAGCCUGCUUUUGAAAAGUCUGUGAAAGAUGGCCUCAGAGCUCUUGGACAUAAAGAUGGGAACUGGCCAUACUUCUUCAAUGUUGUCAAUGCUGUGGAAAAGGAAAAUGGAUGCAUUGCAGCCGUAUCAGACAGCAGGAAGAUGGGGAUGUCGGCUGGAUACUGACCAUACAGAUCAUGAGGAAGCACCAGGUUCCCCCUAAACUCUGCCCUAAAGACUGACUGAAUGAACCUUUAGCCUUAAGAAAAAUAAAUGUGCCGAAACCGGGGGAACAAAAUGAGAGCAAUUUGGUGCUCAAGCUCUUUCUUGAUGGAACUGAUGAGCAGUACAAUAAUAUAAAAUGGGUCUUAUUUUCAGCAUUUCUGUUUGUUAGACAAAAUUGCACUCACCAAAGUAAUUGCAGAGAUCUCGGAAAUUGGUAACAUGGCUCAAAAGAAGUCAGAUGGGGCAAGAAACAAAAGAAGUGGUCCAAUGAUCAGAUUAUGUAAACCACUUUAUUUGGUGGUAAACUCCAAGUAAGAGUUUUCAACACGUACUCAUAGAAACGACAGAAUAGGUCGAUAGUCUACAAAACGACAUAUAUGAACAUUCUGUUCCCUAUUGCCUUGGUGAUGUGCGCAGCUGUAGGGUUAAGCCAUUUAAGACAUUUUAGAGGAGACAUGCCACUCAAUCACAUCCUCAAUACAACUCUAUGGGAAAGCCUGUAACGGCAAAGAUGGCAGUUAUCCCGCCCCUCCCGCUAGAAAGCCUCGUCUGCUUUUAACAGUCAAAGCGGGAAUCAUAAUUCAGCCAUUCAUUUGGUUCCACUGACGUAAGGGUCUGUUUUACUUCUACUGCGCAUGUGUGGAAGAGGUGACGCAUGCAUAGUAGAAGCGGUCAGGAAAAAUGCUUUUUAAACCUUAUUUUGGAGCAAAACGUCAAACUUUUUCAGCGACUUUUAUCAGAUUUUGCUGCUGAUUCUAGUCAUGUAGCUUUUAUGUCCCAGUGACCUGUAAAAGUGCAGUUCUGGCUCUCUCCCCAUUCAUUAAGAUUGGAUCCCGGUCUUUUUAGUGGUGUUGCCAAGAUGGUGUUCGAGUGGCAUGUCUUGCUUAGCUGGCUUGACUUUGGUUAAGCGGUCAACAUUCAUGCAAUCACGGUUUAGGCACACACCCCUGUGAUGGUUAGGGUUAGGGUAAGGCGCUUUGCGGGACUGUCAAUGCCUUUAACAGUAACAUAGCUAGCGCUAAUGGUAAUUAAUGGUGCGUUCCAUUUGACAUGAGAAGUCAAAGGGAAUGCCCCCCUCAGUCGGAUUUCUGGCUCGGACAGUUGGGAGAACCGCGCUACCCUUGACUUUGUGAUCCAGGAGAUGGCUGCUCUGAGUAUGAACAGUUAGUGAAGGUUUUGUUUAUACUGUUUAUUAGCACUUCUGUGUAAUUGUGUCUCUUAGGGUUAGGGUUAAAUACUUAAAUACCGCACAAUGCCUUUUUUAACAACCAGAGUUGCUAACAAUGGCUAAUCUGGCUAGUUGUAAACAAUGGGUGGCUGAGCCAGGUUUUCCGAUCUGUAACUGGAACGUCGUAAACUUGGGAGCAAAAAACCCCGCUAACACUAGCUAGCUAAGCUAGCAGCAUGAAACACUACUAAACUCUACCUAUACACUACAAAAUGCAAAAAACACCAAAAUUAUUGCUAACCCUAGCUAGCUAACGCUAAUAAUACUACAGUAACAAAAACUGAUGUUUGCUUUUUGCUUUACACAGGAACCAAACUCCAGUCUCUUAGGUGAAGGUCGCCAAAUCAUCGUUUUUUCUUGAAUGUCCUUUUUAAAAAUUUGCGGUGGAAUUCAAAGUUGCUGCUUCUCCAAUUCCUUCUGUGUGGGCAUGGCACCAGCAUGGCCCAGCACUUCAUGUAUGGCCUGCCUCUGGGUGUCUCGUCCCAUUUCUCAAUCCCGACAAAGACGAUUUUUCUUUGCUGCACAUAGCAAUCCACUUCAUCGUUUCCUCGCCAGUGAGCUCAUUCUCGCCUUCUGAUGGACCACAUCUAAGUCCAUGUUCAUCUGUAGUUCGGCUAUUUUCUUCCACAAAUCUUGAUGGGUUACCAUUUUCCUUUUGGCACCUGACUCUAUGUGGUACCCCCAGCUCUACCUUUGGAGUCUGGUUCUCUAAUUCUUCACCAUUGGGACCUUCUGUCUUCUCCAUCCUGCUUGGCUGCUAUAGGUCAUCGUCUGAUGCCACUGCCGUAGCCAUCUUCUUCAUCUUUGUUGUCUCGAGUCGUCUGCUCCUCAAAGCCUCACUUUGGGUCAGGGAUGAGUUGCAGACUGGUUGGCUAUUCAUUAGGGUGACUAGACAUCCUGAAAAAUUCGGUACUGUCAAGCAGUUGUCCCGACUCCUGUCCCGAAAAUUAGACUUAACAUGGGUUUUGAUUAUAGCCUAAAAGUAAUAAUUGACUGUUGUGUAGUUCUCUUGCUCCAGCAGGGGUUGGAGGUUAUCUCUACAUUGUGUCAACAGUGUUGUUAUAGCCACAAAGUAACGCUCUUGCUCUUUUUCUGUUUCUGGAAAGUGUAGCUUCAAGCAGCCACAGCAGAGAGAUCUUCAAUUCAAUUCAAUUCAACAUCCAACAUGCGUGUUGCGCAGACAGACGUGACACUCACUUUCCUAAUGAAAGACAGGUAACUUACUGAACAAAAAUAAUAAAUUUGAGUAAUCAUGGGGAAUGGGACACUGUUUGAUUAUCUGCCCUGUCAGUCUUCGUUUUAGCAAUGUUGUCAGAUUCCCAGAACCCUGCAAUUAACUUGAAAGAGUGACUGACAGAAAUGAUGGACAAAAGUACAAAAAUAAGACCCAAGUUAUAAGCUGGACUUAUCCUUUGAGCUUAAUGGACCACUGCAUAUAUAUAUAUAUAUACAUUUUCAGUCGUCACACACACUCAUCCUGAUGUCAUACCACAUAGAUGAUGUAAACUAACGAACAGUAAGCACACCAUGAGGCAGCUAGAUAAUUGCUGAGAUCUGCUUUUAUGAGGAUUACACACUAACCGAAGUGUAAGGUGUCUGCAAAAGCGAGCCAUUAAAGCAAAUCUAUUGUAGUUCAACACAAAACAAAACCAGACGCUGUUUCAUUAAUAUUAAUGAAUCUUUUAUUUUCUGACUGAACUGUGUAAUUUUCUAUGAAAGAGCUUUUUGUAAAUGAGUCUGAACUUUCAAAAUGACAUCCUGCCAAUUGAACCUGCCCAAACAGAACUUUUACUGUGACUUUUUUUUUACUGAGAUUUUACUGCAUGUGAAACAGCCUUAAUCUGGUUCCAGAGCAUAUUGUGAUCUUUGUUGAAAGAUUAGGGAAAUGCUGUAAAAUCUCUUUAAAAUUAACUUCAAAAUUAACAAAAUGAUAUAAAAAACUUGCUUAUAUUUUCUUACCACAGUGUAAUUUUGUAUUUUCUGUUUUAAUAUGUGAAAAUGUUUUGUAAAUUUGUAUCUACAUUUUUUACUGUGAAUAUCUGUGUUUUCACAAUAAAACACAAUGCCCAAAUAA